AUGAACGGCACAUUUCAAGGAAAGAGAAUGGCUCCACAGCCAGGUCAAGGCAAUAUGUAUGGCGGUGGAGGAGGUCAGAAUGGUUACGGGAAUCCAGAGAGAGGUGGGCAAUUAUCUCCAAGGCAAUACAACCUGAGUAGGUCAAGUCCGGCAGUGCAGGAGCCGUCGCCCAGAGCAGUAUUGAAUGGUUACAAUACGGAUAUUAUGAAUGGUUUCCCAGGCGACGCCCAGAGAUACAAUCCGGCAAAUCCCGCGCGGCCUCAAAGCUCUAAACAGCUCAAUCUCAACGACUCGAUACAAGUACACCUACUAGUAGAAACAGCCCUAGGUGACAGCCAGGAAUUCGAGAUAUUGUCAGAAGACGAGGUAGAUGAUCUGAAGCGGGAGAUCAAGACGCUCAAACAACGGAUUGAGCAGACGCGGCAGAACCUUCUUAUUCAAUCUAAAUAUCGCGAUGCGGCAAUCUCUAUGUCCAAAUUGUACCUCCCGGAAAAGAAAAAGAGUUUUGAUGGAUCCAAAGUUCGUGGUAUAUUGGGACAUAAUCGGAACAGUAGUGAGCAUGCCCAGGAAGCAAAUCAGGAACGGAGUGCUGCCGAAAAGAAGUGCGAGGAUUUGGCUACAGAAUUGUGGUUCUUGGAGAGGCGGAUUAUGGAGCCGCAGUCGACACUGCUUAAGCAUACAGCCGGAAUUCUUCAAAUGACGCAUAAGGGACCUAAACUCACCUCCAAAGGUCCUUCUGGUGUCAGUCAAAACGGAAUACCAGGAAGUCCUGAGAGCAUGUAUACCUACACGAACGCGAGGAACAGCUUCGAGCCACUCCCCGAGGAUGACCUUAUUUUUGAUGAAAGAAGUCUGUAUAGGUCUUUUGAUCGCCUAGAUGGGUUUUCGGACACGAGUGGAAGUUCUUCAAAAGCCUCCAAGGAACAAAUGCAAAUGAUCGCAAAAACCGAGCAGAAACUGGAAGAUCUGAAUUCGCGCCUGCGGGAGGUCAUCGUCCAAGCCAACCCACAGCAACAGGCUAUGUUAGGUAUGCCUCCAUUGAGCAAGACAAACAACUCUGGAAAACCUACGGAGCCGGGUGAGACGCUUGAGGAAUCAUUGCGUUAUUUGGAGCACGGAAUCUCUACCAUUGGCAAAGAACAGUCGGAAUUUCUAAGCCAAAACAACAUCUCUGAAGCUGCUAUGGAGCAAACAAUUGAGGAGCUCAACAGAGACCUACAUAGUGUUUUACAGGUCUACGAUACUGCGCUCCAAGGCCCUCCGCAGCUUACUGGGAGAGAUAUCAACAACCAGCUGGAUUAUUUCCAAAAUAGCGUCAAUGUCGUAGAAGCGGAACUAAACCGCUCAGCAAAUUUGGCCAGCAAAGGCAACGGAAAUCAGGAGCAAAUGGAAGCAGUUAUGAUGGGUCUUUGGGAUAUCAUACUCUCUGGAGAACAGGAAGCUCGUGAAAGGAAAUCAGAGCGACGGCAGAAUCGAUUAAAAAACAAUCUGCCACCAGACGAAGACGAAUCAGACGACGAUGAAGGGAACCCUAACGAGCAAUUUUCUACGCAAGCUUUCUCAACAAAGGUCCAGUUUCUGUAUGCUCAAGCAACAAAACUCAAAGAUCAAAAGAAAGUUCUUCAACGCCAGAUCAAGCAGCAACGGGAGCUGAAUAACAAAUCCGAUGCCGUCAAGGAUGCAGACAUCACCCGAAAGACAGAGGAACUGGAAAGAAUGCAGGAUCUGCUAAGGAGGACAGAAAUGGACUCUGACCAGGUUCGCCAACAAUUGACUCUCGUAAUGGAGAAGCUUGAUGAGUCAAGACAACAAGAUCAACUGCGUGACCAAUCAAGAUCGAAGGACGAGUCAGAAGCUGUCCGCGCGGCUCAGAGAGAGCUUGAUGCUGCUAAUACAUCGCUGAUGGCUAUGGAAGAGGAGCUUCAGGAGCUGAAAGACGACCAGGCUAUCAGUAACGCGGAAACACAAACCCGCAUCAACGAGUCGGAAGCUAGGAUUGUUACAUUGACACAGCAGUUGACUGCGGCCGCUGCUGCUCAAACUUCCUUUGAAAAGGCAGCUAAAGAUAGAGAAAGUGAAAUUUCCACCAAGGAAAAAGAAAUGGAAGCCAUGAACAUGGAUCUUGCUCGCCUACAAACCGAGGUAACUAUUGCAAGAGCCGAACUUGAUGGCGCGUAUGGUUCUCGAGCUCAGCGAGCAGCUGACAUUGCGGCCAACCCUGCUAUUCAAAAAGAGUUUGACGAUCUGACAAGAAAGAACAAUUCACUUGCCGAGGAGCUAGCUGCGUUGAAAGCUAGAGGUACUGCCAAUCCCGAAACCGACGAGAAAAUGCGUACCUUGAAAAGAGAACUUGAGGAAACCAUUGGAGAAUACGAGGAAAUGACUAAAGCGAGCAUCGAAUGGGAGAAAGAGCGUGAACAGCUCGAAGGCACAGUCGACAAACUCCGUGAUGAGCGAGAACAACUCGAAGCCCAGCUCAGCGAUGAGAAGGUCCGUUGGCUCGGCAUGAGAAGUCCUGGUAUGGAUGGUCAGAUGCCUGCGCCCGGUACCACUAGCACGACGGUCCUGAAAAACGAAUUCAAGAAGAUGAUGAGGGAUACCAGAGCGGAGAACGCAAAGGCUUUGAGGGCUGAACAAGCAGAGCGAAGGAGACUCGAAGACGAGCUUCGCACGCUGAAACGUGCUAAUGGACCGGGCAAAUCGAGUCUUAGUCAUAGCUUUGGCUGA